UUCAGGUUCAAGACACAAAAAGCUCCCCGCCCCCCAGUUUUACGGCGAUGUCGAUGUCGCAAGAAUCUCACGUCUACCCAUCGUAAGAAGCAUAAGAUCGUGCUGUACUAGUACCCCUUUCGUCCUCUCGCUCGCAAAACGUUCUAAGUCCUCUUUUUUACCAUGUGAAGAUCACAUACAUCUAUUACAUAUUUAUUUUUGCGCGAUUCCUACUAUUUCGAGGUGAGACAUCGUCAACACAAUGGCGACGGAGCUAAAGAAGCUCACUGCCCUGUUGAGCGGCGACCUCGCCGCUGCUGCUGACGGUGCGCAGAAAACCAUUGCGGACGCGAGACCGAGAGUACUCGCGCUGCGUGACAAGGCGCUGCAGCCCAUGCCCAUUUACGGUCCUGCGACGGUGGAAAAGAUCAGAUUGCUGACCCUGACAUGGAACUCCCUCCGCGAAGCGUACGGACUCACAGGCAGCACCGAGCCCGUGGCCUGGGCUGCUGUAGGAGGUGGCGCGGUAGUUCAGACUGCUGCCGUGCAAGGUACAACCACCAGGGGAGUCGCCGCAUCUAGUACAACUUCGGCCAUCAACUCGGCCACCGCGACAACGAAUAACCGACCGCAAGCCACAUCAACCAGCGAGAGCAGUCCGGUGAAAAUUGAGUCUUCCCCGAAGAGAAUGAAAAUUGAGCCGCCAAGUGAAUUAUUGGUGGGUGGCGGUACCAGGAGACCAGGACCACCCGCCCCCGCUGCGCACGAACAGCCCGAAGGAGUAGUAGUUCCGAUGGAGGUGGACGCCGGCGACAGAAAAGUCGCACAGCACAUAAUCACACAGCAGGAUCAAGUUGUAGUUGGAGAUAAUGCCACCAGAGGAAGCGCAGCCACGUCUUCUUCUUCCAGCAGUGCCUCUUUCGUGCCAUCUUCACGCGGAGGGGGAAGAGGACCACAGACCUCAGCGUCCUCAUCUUUCAGGCCCGCGGAAGAACAGCCGUAUCGUAUGGAAAAAUCCCCCCUCCCCAUAUCGAAAAGGAAAUUUGUGAUGCUGAUUUGUGACCACAAAUCAGGCUUGUCUUGGGUGCAAGGCAAACGGCACGCGUGUGGCGCAUUGUACAGCGAGUCUGUCAUGCGUUUCCGCCUACGUCAGACUUGUUGCUCAUGCUCAGCUGCUAGCCGGAUGCGUACCCAAUAAAUGGGCUUAGAAAAUGCCGACAAGCUCUUGCUGCAAUACAAAGUUCAUUUGUGUACAGGAAUCCAGCAACACAAAUCGUCUUUUGAAUAUGGGGUGGGGACUUUAUCUACUUGGAUAAGCCGCCGCCAGUGACCACGCCACGCGAAGUGUUCGAUCUGGUGCACUAUGGAUUGCAAAUUAAUUUGUCUGGGUCUGGAGACUUGUAAUGCUAAAAGUGAAUGAUAAACGCACUGCAAUGCGCAGCUACGCACCAUGACAAAUUUUUUGGCUGCCAUGUCUUUCGUAUCUAUUCCGCAUGCUGGCAAACUGCGUUUUUGCAUGACAGGUAAGAGGGCCUUUUCGUGGCUAUGCAACGCAGAUUCUCGAGUCAUGCCAGACAAGCAUGAUAAACUUGCAUUCUUCCAGGCCCAGACAUUUUUGCAUUUGAUAUGCACCGCGCGAGCCUGCAGACCGGGUUGAUGCGCGCGCCGCCAGAAACCCUGGAGACGUCGGAGUCGCUGACGCGCAUAAAGUACGAGGCGCGGCGGGGCACCUUCGAACUGAUGUUUUUGACUUCGGGGAACACGGCAUUGGUCUUCUGCCAGGGCCAGCAGUUACUAAAGGUGGACGUAGCUGCGGGGCAAAGCCAAGUCGGCAACAACAGAACCCAAAGCUGCAACAACAGCGUUGAAACCGUGAAGAAGCUGGUACAAAGAAAAUGUAGAAAAAGAAUACUACCUCCGGCUUGUUUCAUCUUGGUUCUCAUCGUCGUAAAACCACCUCGGGCAUCAUGUGAACAUUUCGGGUUUUUGCUCAGUGCCCGUGCGUGUAGUCAACAAUGACAACUACAAAGCAAUACCGAGCAGUUUCAUUGACAAUACAGUUUUUUUAGUUUAACAUUCAUACAUCACACUACAGGUCCACGACAGUGUGAUCUACCCGUAUUUUUACGGGCUCGUCGUGCCGAAAUUUGAGAACUUACCGGCAGAGAUUGUGGACACCGUGCUGGCUUUCCUUGACGUGAAGUCCCUUGGGCGGGUAUCCUGAGUAAAAACGUACCCACACCAGAGUCAGGAUGGGGAUUUUGCAACACAAACCUAGGAGUUUGAGGAGUCACGCAUGACAAGUUUCAGUCCGUAAGGUAGUGCAAGUUAGCAAGGAAAGCCGCAUCACAAAUCGACCUUCUCAUCCUGUUUACAGCAUCACAAGUUCCCAAACACGAUUGAAAAUGCCUGUCAUGGGGUUGCGCAUCACAAAUGUUCCUGUCAUGGUAAAUCUGCGUGACAACUCUGGGGUGGGGACGUUUUUACACAGGAUAGCGGGUCGAGAAGGCCAGCAAACUGGUGUACACCCAGUGCAGCGUGGCCCUGCACAUGCAGAAUUUUGUCUGGCGAAAUAUCCUGUGCAAAAGUAUCGUACUCGUAUUGCAGUCAUGCAUUACAAAUUUUUUGCUCAAAGUGAAUUCGCAUCACAAAUUUUAUUUCUCAUGCUGAGGGAAUUUGUCAUGCAUUUAUACGAGUGCGAUACUUUUGCAGUUCAUACGAAACGUGUUCGAUCAAUUCGACCGGUACUUGUCCGGCCCCGAAACCUGCAAGUACGCCCUCUACGCCGCGAACCUGUCCGAAACCGCCGUCAACGAGCUGCGCACCCAGGCGCGACUGUCGGAUCCCGCGAGUUCUUCGUUCUGCUCCUCCGACCAGGACGUCCCCCCCAAGGAGUGGAAAAGCGCGUGCGAACGCGCCGCGAAGACGCUCGCGGGCCGGGCGGAGACGGAGCGGAAGUUGGUGGAGCGGACGCGAAGCCAUUUCGAGGAAAUGGAGAGAAAUCGGGUGCAAUGGCCGCCGCCGCCGAGAGGGGGCUGGUGGCCAGGGAAGGGAGGUGGGAAGGGUCAAGGACCGAUCGUACCUCCCGGGAUAUGGUACGACCCGGUGAAUCCCUUUGAUCCAGGACCGGCGCGGGGAGGUAUAGUGCUUUUUUUCUUCGCUUUUGAUGGGGCUCUUCGAGAAGUGCAUGUAAGUAUUUUUAGAGCGGGGCCCCGGACCCGGUGAACCAACGUAAACGUGAUGAAGCAAUGUCUUGUUCGAUCGUCAAGUUUAAAUGUUCAUCCCAAAAAUUUAAAUUUUCAUAUACCACUAGGCGCCUUCAACCCUGCACCGGCUUUUCGAGACCCGGAUGCCGAGCGCGAUUUGUUCGGGGUCCCGGAUCCGCUCGCCGGUGACGACCCGUACGGGCGAAACCCCCUGGCCGACCCAAGACCUCCACCAAAUGUCCCGUACCCGAGAAAUCCGGACGCGGAGAGAGAUUUGUUUGGCGUUGUACCCCCACGAGGACCGGGAAAUAAUCCGCUACGCAUCGAUCCACGCCCAAACCCCUAUAACCCCGGGAUCGGAGACCCCGAUUUGAAUAACCCACUGUUCGGAGGAGACGAUUUAGAUCCGAUGGGUGGCAACGGCCGCGGGGGUGGCAAGGGGAAGGGACUUAAAGGUCCGAGACUAGAUCCGUUAGACCCCUUCGGAGAUCCUUUCGGCAGAAGAGGCAAGGGCGGCAAAGGAGGUGGUUUCGGCGGUUUUGGUGGUGGUGGAUUUGGCGGCUUCGGCGGUGGAGGGACGUUCGGCUGA